AGUGCGCCUGCGCGGAAAGAGGAGCGAGCAGUGCGCCUGCGCGCCGCGGCGCCCGAGUGCAGUGAAAUUCCGUGAAGAGGGGAGGGGGGGCUGGAAAAGAGAGAAAGGAAAGAUUUUUCCUUUUUUAAAAAAAGGAAGAGGGAAAGAAGAGAAAAAGCGGCAGAAGCUGAGGGGAAGGUUUCCGUGAGGGAGAGAGAGCGAGCGAGAGAAACGCGGGGCUGGCGGGACCCCUCCUCUUCCGCCACGCGUCGCCCGCCACCGCCUCAGAAUCUCCUCAGGAGCGGCGGCGGCUGCUCCCCCUCCCCCUCGCCCCCUUCCUCCCCCCCAGCCCCCUCCCAACCCCCGGACGAGGGACGCGAGGCGGCGCCGCUGAGAGGACGGGAAGGCCCCCGGCGGCGGGGUCGGCUUGAGCGAGGAGGGGCGAGCGCUAGCCGGCUGGCUCUAGCCCGGCAAGAGGAGGAGGAGGAGGAGGAGGAGGAGGAGCACGCCGUCGCCUCCACAGCGGCCGCCCCAGACUCCCCUCCCCGGGCACCGGCGGGGAGAAUGACGGAGCUCCAGUCCGCGCUGCUACUGCGGAGACAGCUGGCAGGUCGGUCGGUCCGUCCGUCGGCCGGGGCAAAACACACCACAGCGCAGGCAGAGGCAGGCAGGCCCGUCUCUCCCUGCCCCCCUCGGACCUGGCCGGCCUGGGGUUGCUGAGGGGAGGCGGUGGGAGGAAGUGGGGUUGGGGGAGGGGUGGUGUGAAACGUGGUCGGAGGGCGCUGGUUUGGGGAGCGGGGGAAGAGCGAAAAGUAGGGGGUGAGGCAGGAGUAAGGAUCGUGGGGGUCGAAGGGGAGGAAAGUUCCCCGAAAAGGGGGCAGUAGGUUGGAGGGGUGGGGGCUUUGGUGUUUGGGGGAAGGGGGAGAACGUAAGAAGCGGGGUGGGAGUGUUGAGGUAGGGUGGAAGUGAAGUGGGACGCCUGAAUAUUUGGAGGGCAGGUAGGGGGCUCUAGGUGGGCUUUCCCCCACCCCUUGCUGGGUGAUCUGCCAUCAAGUGCUCUGGGUGAAGGUUUCUGGCGAGUUCUUGUCACCUGCUUUGGAAGCUUUUUAUAUUCUGAAAGGUGGGGUAUAUGGAAUUGUCAUAAGUGGGUGAUAACUGGUGAUAAAUAGGUGCUAAGUAACUAGGAGGAGUGUGGGGAAUCACUGGGCAGGGGUGGGCGAUGCUUAUUCCAGAAAGGGGCUCCAUGUAGUUUAGUUGGAGGUGGGGGAAGCCUUACUUAAGCCACAUGAGUAGGGAGUGCUGAGGUGAGGAGUAAAAAAGGUGGCUGAUCUGGAACGAGCGAGGUGGGGUUAGAUAGAGCGAUAGAGGCCAGAGGGUAUGGGCUCUGACACAGCAAGUAGGGUGUAAAAGCAACUUAGGGAGUGCCUGGGUAAGUGGAUGAGCUGGGGGGGGGGCAGAUAAUGGGGUUGAGGUAGGUGAGGGCAAUCUUUGUGCAUGGAAAGAGGAGUUCGAAAGUACAAAAGAAGCAUUACUGGGUUUUUAAUAUUCCUGUACAGAAAUUGGCAAAGAACUGAAUGUGAACAGAUAGCUAGGCACCAUGAGGGGAAAGAUAGGAGGCGUGAUAAAGGGCUGGGAGAUGGUAAGCCGGCUAUGUAGGGCAGCUGGAGUUAAAACAAGGAGGAGUGGCUUGGAAGUGUGCUGGGAAGGAGUACAGGGGUGGGGAGACCUGAGUGAGUUGGAGAAGGGGCAUGAGAAGUGCAAGAAGGAUCUUGGCAAUCAGUUGGGGUGGUAAGUUUGGGUAAGUUGAGAGGUAAUGGGAACAGGCUGGCAAACUAGCUAAGGAGACUUUAAGUGAGGCAAACUUUGGGUAGCUGUAAAGUUUGAUGGGGAUGGCCUGAGAGCUCUGAGUGAGACUUGGAAAUGAAGGAAGAGUAAGCAGGCUGAGGUGGGUUAAGUAAGGCCUGAAAAUGCCUAGAUGAAGUGGGGGGAAGCUAGAGAGGAGGAACAUGCUGACAUUUGAGGAUAGACGAGGUUUUUUAUGUGAGUGAUAGGUGAGUUAUUUGACAGAUCGAACUGAGAGCAAGGUGUGGCUUGUGUAGCUGGGGUGGACAUGAAUGCUUGGGGUGCAAAAUGGUGAUGGAAGAUGAAGAGGUGACAAACAGAAGAGAACAUAGUGUGUGUAGAGUGCAGAAGGAAUGAUUAGAAUCAUAACUAGAGAAACAGACCCUGGUUAGUUGUGAAGAUGAGUACCAUUAUUUGGAGGUGGAACCUUAGCUGUUGAGUUUAAAGCAUUAAUAGUUGAACUCUGGUCAUGCCUGAGGAACUGAAAAUGUAACCAACUGUGUUGCUUUUUCAGUGGUACUGUAUGAAAGUGACAUCCCCAUAGCUAACAGGCACCUUGUGUGAAGGGAGGUCAACCGUGCAUUUAAUUUGGUUUAUUAAAGAAUGCUUUGGGGCGCUACAUUGAUUUCUUUUGUCCUUCUUUCCCUCCCUCCUGUUCCUCCAUGAGUGUUCCCAUGUGAAGGACUGGAAACUGGAGAGGAGACACAGGUCGAAGUUUGAGGAUUGUUUAUGUGAGUGAUAGAGGAUUUACUGGACAGCUGGAAUUAGGAGCAAGUUGUGUCUUCUGUAACUGGGGUGGGUGGACAGGAAUCUAGAUUUCUGCUCAGUCUAUAGGAUAACAUUGUACAUUGCCUAUUUUGAAUAAAGCAGGGUAAGGUUGACAUUUGUAGAUUAUUAUAUUGUGGUGAAAUUUCAGGGGAAUUAAUGUUUUAAAUCCAGUGCUUUUUUCUAAAAAAUGUUUAGGGGCACUCUCGUUUUGACUCAAGAAAAUCACCAUUUUAUUCUUCAAAUCGGGAAAUAAAUACAGUAAAUGGACGAAAGUACAAAGAUUCACAAAAUGUUUAGGGGUAUACAUACCCCUGCAUUCCCCCCCCCCCGAAAAAAGCACUGUUUAAAUCCAUAACAGAGAGAGCUAUCUUAGUCCUCAGUGCCCCCCCCCAAUAUUGCUGACACUGCUGCCAAGGCUGUUCCUUUCUAACCCCUUCUGCUUAGCUAGGUGAUCAUUGUCUCAAGGCUGCUUUUUUCAAAAGUGGCGGGAUGUGGGUAGUGAACUUUUGGAUUAGAAGUGACUAGAUCUGAAGCUUGGGGAUAAAAUUUGUGAAGGAUUGUAACCUUACUAUGGGGUUUGGGGCACUGGAAAGGAUGUUGUUGGAAAGACUGGCUGCUUCCUUCACUUAUCUAAUUUGCUUCCACAACUUGCUUCAUAACUACUCCCCUCCCCCUUCCUUUGUCCCUGGCCUUGCUUUGCUAACACUCUAGCUACUGAUUCAGAGCUUGUCCUGUCCCAGCGGGCAUGCACAUAGGUUUCCUGAGUGGUUAGACAUGCAGUGUAGCCCCAUGUGCUACUCAUUGCCAGACCGAAAGAGAAAUGAGCCAACAGUGGCUGCAGUCCUGGGUGUAGAAAACAGCAUGUGUCACUGCUCUUCUCCUCCUCCUCCCAACUCCUGUGUUCAUGCUUUCUUGUAGCCUCUCUGACUCCUCCUGUGAGAAUGAAGUCGUUCUCCCCAUACAGAUUCACCAGUCCUUUGAUUAAGGUGUUGGUCAAACCUAACAGCCUUCUCUUCCCUUGUGUAAAAAUACCGGUACUUACUGCAGAUUACAAUACAAUAAUCAGAUAUAUGGAGUUUGAUAUAUUAAACGGCGAGGCCCUGGUUUAAGAGUAUCAGAAGGGGUGUACAAGGGGAAGGAAAGAGAUUGCUGCAGCAGUAUAAAAUAAAGGAGCCUAUUAAAUGCCAACAGAAGGUUAAAGUUACUAAAAGCAAUGCAGGGUGUCUUACAAAGCUGCCUUUAAUCUUAAAUGCAAGGCAAGUAAAUACCUAGGUUUGUUUGCUUUGGCUCUAUCAAAUAGCACCAUACUGCCUCUCAAAUAUGCUAGUACAGCAGCUAAAUACAAAUGUUACAUUAUUUUAAUUGUUGUGUAAAGUACUAUGUCAACUGUCAAAAUGCCUUUUGUAGCAAUGCGAAAGUAGGUAUUUUUUAUUUUGUAUCAUGUAUGUUAUCCUGUAUAUCUGCAUGGAAAAAUCAGAGUAUCAAACUCCACAACAUGCAGUAAGAACAAGAUACUAGUAUGAAUUGCUCCUAAUACGAACUCUGAGUUGUGACUGCAACACACAUCAUUGGCCCUCUAAUAACCCCAAAGGGGUUGGGGAGGAUAGAAGGGACAGUUAAGGAUUCAUUUUUCUGUUAACAUAAUAUUUAUAUUUUGAAGAUUUUUUCCCCCUUGGAACACCAAUUAGAAACUGUAGUGUUAAGCAAUAUAUGUAAAUAGUUGAAAUAAAUAACAACAUAAAAAUGCUGGGUUGAUGGCAGAAAGAUGAAGAAAUUAAUGUAGCUUGGUAUUAGGUAGAGAAUUUUUUAAAGGAUAAUGUAAAAACAGGGUUUUUAUGAAUAUAAACAGAUCUGUAAGGCUUUCCUCCCUCUGCACUCCACAUCAUAAGAUUCUUACGAAAAUCUACAUGCAAUGCUUGAAGUUAGCCAGGCACCAAGUGAAUUUUGCAGCUUAUAGAAAUGAAAAUAGUGGUAGUAGCAGUAAACUUAAUGGGACAACCAUAGCUCAAGGUGCUAUUUGGUGAUUAGAUUGUAUAUCUGGGUUUCUAACACUGCCUACAUGCAAUCAAACCACAUGUCUAAAUCCAUGCCCUGGAUAGGGUGGCUGUACUAUUAAUUUGUGGAAUGGUUAUAGCUCAGUAGCAGAGUACCUGCUGUGCAUGUACGUUGAAUGUUCUAGUUCAACUCCUGGCAUCUCUGGUUAAAAGGAUCUUUGUGAGUUGGGCUUGCCCUUCUGCCUAAGGUCUAGGACAGGGGUCUGUAACCUUUAAGACAAAAAGAGCCACUUGGACCAAAGAAAAAAAACCUGGGAGCCGCAAAACCAUUGCGACAUUUAAAACAGUGGGGAGUGUCGGGGCACACAAUGCGCCUCCUCCCCUCGCUAGUAUCCGCCCCGGAGCCGCGGCAAAGGUGUAAAAGAGCCACAUGUGGCUCCAGAGCCGCGGGUUGCUGACCCCUGGUCUAGGACUUUACAGAGCUAACUCUGUAAAAGGCACCUUCAUAUGCUCAUAAUCCUUUAGGGUUUUUUAUAGUGCAAUCUCAAAUGCUUACAUCCUGAUCCAGUUCUAAUAACAUGUAAAAAUUGAGUGAUAUUGCAUCGGGAUGUGACUGCACAACCCACUGGAAGUAAUGCAGUGUGAAUAGGCAGCACAGUUUUUAGAGAGAUGACCUUCUGAGGUAGUGCUAGCUAAACUUCUGUUCUGUCCCAUGGCCAUAUUAUACCAGUUCUGUACCGGAUGCACUAUUUGCCAGUGUAUUCUUGCAUCCAGUUAUCUUUGAAGCACUGAAUUACUUGGGGUCAAGUUAUUUGAAGGAUUACCUGCACUUGGACCUUAAGAUUGGCAGCAAAGGUUCUGCUCAUGGGGCCACCGGUAAGGUCCAUCAGGCUGGUGGGCACAAAAUACAAGGCCUUUUCAGUGGUGGCUCUAGCAUUGUGAAAUUUCUUAUGAGAGGAGCACUGUUGACUGCUUUUAAAUGGGUCAAAGGAUUAGUGGUUUAACUCGGCUUUUAAUUGAAUAAUGGAGCUGGUUUAUACUGUCAAGUUGUAAUUAUAUUGGUUGCUGCUACAGGUAAUGGUUGAUUUGCAUGGGGGUUACAUUCCUGACACCCAUGCACGUUGGCAGAGCAUGCAUUACCCCAUUACUCCCCCUUUUCUGGCCACUUCUGGGUCGCCAUGAUGCAUUCAUGCAUGGUCACUUGUCAAUUGGACACAGGUGAAUCGAUAGUUGCUUGUAUUUUAUUGUUACUCUGCAGUGAAGUAGUUUACCUUUUGCUUUGCGUAGUCACCUAUUAAAAUUGUGUUACAAUUUUAUUUGUGAAUGGCCGAGAGAGAGACAGAGAAGGGAAGGGAAGGGAGAAAGAUGGCAUUGACAUUUGGAUGUAUAUCCAACUGACACUUGCAGUUUCUACUCCAGCAAGUGAUAAGGCUGCAGAACCUUGUGCUUCUUACCAGGAUUGAGGUAGGAUUCUACAUUUUUGCUCUCCAUGCUGCCCUCUGACAAGUGUAAAGAUCCCAGUCUUCCUCCCAGCCUUUGAUCUGGAGAAGUCCUUGGAAAUAAUCCCACCUGUUGUGCAGUGAUCCCUGGUCUCUUUUCAGUACCAAGGCUAGGCAGAAGGCUGUUUCUUGGCAGUUCUAAACCAAACAGACAACCUCCCUCCCGCCCCCAUUUCCAGAGCUGGAAAGGAUGGUGUGGGCUUCUUUAGUCACUAAGCUGCUGAGCCACCUGGGACACUUGGGCAACACUUGUUUAAGUCCAGAUCCAAACUCAAAUGAAGGAUUGUCCCAUACUUUGUGCAAAAGUGUGAGGCCAGGGACCAGUGAAUGGUCAGGUCCUGGUGACCCAAAUGUUUGAUCUGGCUUCCAGGGCCAGCCAAAAGUUGUGGACCCUUGAUGAUAUAAUGCUAUUCAUAAUACUAAGUUAAUGUGAAUAUGACAAAAGUUGAAAUUUCCAAGAUAGAUUUCAGGGUAUGUGGAUCAGAACUCCUUUGAAGUGAGUAUAAUAACACAUUAUAUGUGUCCAUAUCAGUAUUUGUUUAGUUACAACAGGAUGUGGUAGACGUAGAUACAUAUUCCAGACAAGGCUUUUUUUAAAAAAAAAAACCUGCCAAAAACCUCACAGGGCUCUGUUCGAAUUAUGUUCUGUGUCAGAAUCUCUGCAAAGUAAAACUUCCUCUUGAUUAAAGAACUCCCCUCGCAAAAGACUGAUCAGGAAAUUCAGACUUCCCAGCUCUGUGUUUCCUAUGUCUGACUGCUCCAAGAGGGUUACUCCCUUGUGCUGCUUAUGUUCCCACCCCCCUCCUGUUCACUGGCACUUGUGUUCCACUUUCAGCUGUUCUAAUCUUUAAACAGAAUGUUAGCAAGUUGUAUUACUGUCUACUUCUGUCACACAUACAUCAGCUGUGUUAUUAGGCACUUAACUUCUUGAGAGCUGGCCAUUUUAGUCUGUUGCAGGGCGGGAAAGCAUCUUGUGACACCUGAAAGACUUAACAAGUUUCUUGUGGCAGCUUAUGCCACAAUAAAUCUGCUAGUCAUUGAGUGCCACAAGAUUCAGAUUUAUUGUAGACAACUACUUGGGAUACAUCGUGUUCUCUCCCCUUGGAAUGGUGUUUACUAAGGUAACUAUUACAAGAGCUGAGAAACUCAAGCAUACAUUUGAGGGUGCCAUUGAUCCCCAUUAAGUAGCAAUGCCUUAAGCAGUAUAAUUCCUACAGUUUGGACAGAAAGCCAGGUGGCUUAAAAGGAUGCAGAAGCUAUGCAUAGUUGAUUAACACCUUUUGGGUGACUGAGUCUGAUGUUGCCUUGGUAGUGAUGUAGUAUUAAAAGUAACUUCUUACUCCAGUAGCUUAGUGCUACCAUUAUAUGAGUAAGAUAUCUGUAGGUUCACUAACCAGAAAGCUGCAUCAAUAUAUGUCAUACAAUGGAUAUCCUUUGCAUAUGGCACUUUUUUCCGCAAUGGAAAAAGAGCAGUGUGUUUCAAACGCAAGUUCCUUGCUUUAAUAGCACUUCACAUGACAAUUUUCCUUGAAGGAUAAAAUUCUGGAUCUUCUUAUGUAAGGUUUACAGUUGAAAAAGCUUGUCCAUGCUGAAACUUCACCAUGGAAGUUUCUCAAACUGUUGGACUUGGGGGGGGGGGAGGGCAUUGACUCUCACAUUAGGAAGAUUUUGGGUAACUUUAAAAUGGAACUGUUAGCAGACAAUGUCUUGAAAUAUUAUAUAUUAAUUACUGUGGAGAGCUGUCGCGUACAGUGGGCCAGCUUCCGUACAUCAGGUGAAUGCUUUCCAUUUCUCCUACUCGCUUUCCUGCCCCUUCCUAGCUGGCGUAUGAAGUAUUUUGCAACUGUGAAACAAAGAGCUUGGACAGCACAGUUUGGAAAUGCAACUGAACAGAACAGCAGAUUCUAGAAGAUGCACAAGUUUUUUUAUUAUAAAUAUUUGUGCACUUUAUAGAACCUGUAUCUCUACUGUUCUAAGUUGUAUUGCUCUACUGUGUAGUCAGAUAGAAUACCUUUUUUUAAAAAAAGUGGUAUCUUAAAGCAACAUUAUGCCUAGUAUCAUCAGGUUUCUUAACUGUGGGGAAAUUGAUACUUAAGACAUUUCUAAAUUUGCAGAUGUAGUUUUUUGAAAGUCUCGUUAGUCUUCUGUUAAGUAAAGUCCUUUUCAACAAAGUGAAAUGUGUGAAUUCAAUGCAAAUGGUGUAUUAAUGGAGAUUAGGGAGGCCAAGAGAAAUUAUUACUGAACAUGUGGCUGUAACAUUCUAUGAUGAACUGUGUUGUAUGAUAUGAAGUGUGUGUGUGUGUGUGUGUGUGUGUGUGUGUGUGUCUCACAGAAAGAAUGAGAGAGACCAGGUGGUGGGCCCUAUGAGCUCAGAGGGCUUACCACGUCUUUUCAAAGACCUCUCUAGCUGCCGCGUUCUGGUUGGGUGGCUCACUUACUGUACUAUGUGGUAAGGACUCUGAGCUUGCACUGCCCAUCUGCUGAUCUCUACUCAUUGUGGUGUUGGUGGAGAGAUAAGUGGAAGGAAUGCCUCAGUGAGCAGCAUAGAAUGCACAGUUGCAGCAUAAGCUGAAAGGUCCCACUAUGGAGUGUAGUUGCUAGUGUGGCUGUUCCAUACUUAGUGAUCUGGCAUUUGGAAAGAGACCAGGCAUAAUAGAGGUGGGUAGAGCACAGCUGGGAGGGUGGGGGUUUUUGGAAUGAGAGACGAGAUAGAGGCUGCAAGCUGCACCUGGUCUACAGACCAGUACAUAUUGGUGGAAUGGAUAUAUUUGUAUGAGACCUACUAGUUCCAGUCACAAUCUAGAGUGUUGACUUGUUUGACUAGCUGAUUAUUUUACUUAAAGCAACAAGGUAUGUGAACUGUUAAAGGCUUCUUUUUUCUGACAGUUAUGAAGCAGUGACAUUGUAAACUAUCAAAUGUUUAAAAUAGUGCAAUGCAUAGAAUAAAUGUGUGAUUGAUAUUCAUGCAACUUGCAGUUCUUGGUUUCUUAUCCUGGAACUGCAAGAAUAGACCAGCUGCAGACAUUUUAAAAAUGGAUGAAAUAACAUGCAGCAAACUAUACAAGAGAGGCGAUCUUUAAAUGCUUUCCAAACUAUGUUGUGGGGGGAGGGACUGGACCCUGCCCCCUACAGGGAUGAGGAGCAAAGAACUGACUCUUGCCUGUAUGUCAGAUGACAGAAUUAAUGAUGCAAUUAAAAGAAGCAGUCUUUUAGAUUGUGGUGUUCUUGGCUCUACUGACUAUUUGACUAGUUAAUUCUUUAUUGGUUUCACAUCUUUAGUGACAUCCCCUUGAAGUGUCCUUUCCACUUCAUUCAUUCAUAACCACCAUCUGAUCCAUCCUAAAACAUUUGUUCUUUACAGUAACUUUGAACUCCAUCUUAGCAGAAGUGUGAGGUUAGCUUCUUCACAGCUGUAUGGAUGGUUAUUCAAAUACAGCUGAGCUCAGUUCUUUUCCCUUGGUUCUUUUGAUUUUUGAAUGGUCCAGGAGGUAGGUAUCUACCUAUUUUUCUGCCAGUAGGAGAAUACUUUUCUUCCAUUAGCCAGAUGAUCUCUUGUGGUCUCCUAAGAUUCUUUCUCCUUGGGAUACAUGUAUUUCCAGCCCAGAUUGGACUACAAGGAAAAUGUUAAUUUAGUAUGUUCAAGCUUUGGUAAUCCAAAUGAUAAACCAGUUUUUUCGCUGAGAAGAGUUAAAGCAUCAGAAUAUUUUGCUUUUGAGGCUCUUGGUUCAAGAGAACUGUUUGCUCUUCCAAGCAUGUCUUUGCACCAGUAAUGUAGUUUCAUGUAUGGAAAUCCUGUGUGGUUCAUUAUGUGAAGCUCUUGAGUAGCACUGUUCAGCAUUAAUUCUAGUUGAAUAUGGCACACAAACAAGAAUUUGCAGAUGUGAUCACAAUUAGGCAAGGCAACAUCUCACUUAAUGCCUUCGGACCUCCCAUUCUUAGGCUGUAGAAAUUGUAAAUGCAGCUAAAGCUUUGAACAGAUGCUUUAAGACCUUUAAAGCACAGUAAAUCACUUCAGUGAUGAGAGCAGCUUACUGUCGGGACUAUUUGGCUUUUAUAAAUCCGCAUGCGCAGAACACUGCAUGAGGCGGAUCUAGUCUCUGGCAUCAAACUUAGAUUUGUAAGAAUUUCAGCCUUCGUGCUUCAGAAAAACCCAAAGAAACAGAUUUUAUUUUGGAUAUGUACUUUUCCCAUUACAAAGGCAGUGCAUGCAAAAGGCUGCAGCAUUCAGAAUCUGAAACUUUUACAGUAUUGGUCACUGCUUUAUGACAUCUGGUCACUGAUCCUUGUUGUCCCUUCACCUUUCGCUUAUCAUACUGUUCUUUGCCGGAACUGAAUUCUGCAAAGCUAUAUAUUUAAUCUAGGGCAAAACCUAAAAUCUCAGGGUUUUGGUUUUUUGGUUUUUGUUUGCAUAGGAUAUGAAUUGCCCUAUAUUAAAUACAAAAUUGCAUUGAAUUGUAUCUAAUAUUUGGAGUAGACCCAUUGAACUUAAUGGACUUUACUAACAUAGCUCCAUUAAUUUCAGUGAAUCUAUUUGGAGUUGAACUUAGUUGGACACAGCCUAAUAAAUCUCAAAAGCUUCAGCAAAUGGUUUUCAGCAAUAAUAGCCAUCAUCAAUACAUAAAGCUAAUCUUUAUAUAGAAGCAGCUGGAUCCAAAAUACUGGGAAUGAAACUAGCUACAAUUCUGAACUGUUUUACAUCAAUUUUAAAAGACAAACUUUUUGACUAAUCAGCAUUAGAAGAAUAUACAGCUUCUGAUUCAGAAAUGUGGCCACUUUUUGUAUUUCGGGGGCGGGCAACCAAAGGUGGCUUAGUGGAAACAAACUUUGUAUUUUUUUUACAUGUGCACAAAUUAAGGAAGAUGACAAGUCCAAAUAUGAAGUGAUUAAAUCAGGCAUAGGCAAACUCGGCCCUCCAAAUGAUUUGAGACUACAAUUCCCAUCAUCCCUGACCACUGGUCCUGUAAGCUAGGGAUGAUGGGAGUUGUAGUCUCAAAACAUCUGGAGGGCCAAGUUUGCCUAUGCCUGGAUUAAAUACUGUCAACUUCAAUUUGAGUGUCAAUUCCUAUUGGAGCAUUAUGAAGCAAAAGGUUGUGGUAAUAAUCCACUUAAAUGCCAUUGUAAAUGAAAAGUUAUAAAUAUUUGUUUUGCACAACUUUAUGUGCCCAAUUCAAUAUGAUUGUAGUCUUUUGUGAACAUUAUUACUGGGUUAUCCUGCUUGAGUUUUAUUGCCUUAGUAAUAGUUGCCUUUUUAAUAAUUAUUUUAGCUAAACUGUUUUUUACUGAAUUUUAUUAGGCAACAUGGUAAUUUUAUUAAACAUUCAAGUUCCCAUGGCAGAAUAGAAGUUACCGGUAUUCCAAAGACUCGUACUAGCAAUUGUGCUGUGUAACUUUUCUUUUUGUUUAAGUUCUUGACACAAUAAAUAGACUUGAUUUCUCUAUGUUCCCCUUUCUUGUCAUAAUUCCUGCUGAAAAGUUGCAUGUUCUCUGAGCACUGGACAAAAUAAAGUAUUGUAAGGUUUUCUAAGGAAGUAAAAAUGUCAUGAAGAAAUAAAGGUUUGCCUUAGCAACUUUUGACACUGUUUCUGUGCACUCUUCAUGUAUGUCCUGACUAGAAAGCAGCAGCAAACUGUUCAUGCUUGAUGCAAGCUAGAGACAUGUUUCAUUAGUCAGUCUCAGUGACAAGUUUGCACCAUUUGCAUUAGUGACCAUGUCUCCAUGGACUUUCACAGUUUGAGAACACAGGCCAACAUGCUCAGUUCAUACCUGUUUUUAAAAUAGAGGGCAGUGAUACAGAAGUGGGAGAAGUAUUGGACUGGCAGAAGGGUGUCCCGUACUGUUAAGUUUAGCUUGUGGGAAAGAUAAACAAGCAGGCCUGUGCUGAGCCAAGUGUAAAAUAAAACAACUGCAAUUUGUGAGAGCACGGAGUGUUGGCAAGCCUGAGCUGAGGCGUCAGAGCUGUUUUACAACUGCUGCUAUUGGUGGUUAGACCAUACUGACAAAACAGGAAAGAGAAGCUAAGCUUAGUGAGUAGAUGGUCUUGUUGAUUUAAAUAGCUAUUCCUCCACAGUGAAUCCCUUUUGUUUUGGAAAUUGAUUGAUUGAUUGAUUGAUGUUCAUUUAGGUUAUCUUCUCAGUUUAAGAGGUCAUACCGUAAUCCAGUCAGUCAGGAUAUUUACUCUUUGGAAUUCUUGAGUUCUCUUGUCGGUAGAACCACUUACUAUCUAAUGAGCUUACUUCCUCCCACCAAAACUUGCAUCUAGCCUAAUCACUUGUAUACUAGCGUAUGAUCAGUUUUGGACUUAUGACAACAUUUUGCUUGCUCCCUAGAGAGUUGAGCCAAAAAAUAUGCAUGAAUGGAUGCUUUCAUAUGUUACAGUAUGGUGUCUGUGCGUGCACAUGCAAAAUAGACAAGCGGCUGCAUAAUUCUGAAAGGACUACUGUUGUUCAAGGUGUCAACCUACAGCAGUGAUUUAGAGUGGUCUCCCAGUAUGCUGGCUAUAAAUGGAUUUUGAAUAGCCAAACUUCCUCAAGAAAUUGAUUCUAAUAUCUAUUUUGUACUUAAAAGGGCACAAUGCAACAUGGUGCAACUGAAAGCAGGAAAAUGGCUUCUGUUUGGUCCAUGAACCUGUUACAGUUUUGCUGCAAGUAUUGGAACCCUAAAAAAGCUCAUCCAGUUCCUUAAAUGAGCGGUAAUUCGUCUUUUUUGACCCAAGGGUCAUAUUCACACUUCAGGGCUGCAUGCCAGGUACGGGUGCGAGCAAAGUUUGUGUGGUCAAACUGCACACAGAGGAACAUAUUCUCUCCCCAUAACUUACUUGAAGGUGGUGUGACUCAGUGCUUUUACUUCAGUCAUCAAAUAAUUACUCAGAUGUCCAGGAUUGGGAACAAUUUCCAUUCUCAUCAAGGUGCUGGGCUCUGCCUGUGUCUACUUUACUUUUUUUUUAAUUGCUGAUGCUGCCAGAAUUUAUGGUGUCUUGGGUGGCCAGAAAAAUAUGGCUUGGGGCCAGAUAAGGAUAGCAGCUACAUCCUAAAUUCAAGGGGAGGGCUGUAGCUCAGAAGAGUAGAUGCCUUAGAAGCAGAAGAUCCCAGGUUUCAUCCCUGGUGUUUCCAAGUAGGGCUGAGAAAGACUCAUGCCAAAAACUCUGGAGAGCUAUUGUUCAGUCAGUGUAGACCAGGGGUCAGCAAACCUUUUCAGCAGGGGGCUGGUCCCCUGUCCCUCAUACCUUCUGGGUGGCUGGACUAUAAGCAAUGCCCCCCAUGACUCUCCCCUCCCUUCUCCACAGCACCGGACGAGCCCUGGUGGCUGUUUACCUGUGUCUUGCGAGCAGCAGGGGCUGGCAGUGGGGGCGGGAUGAUGAGCGGUGCACGAAAGGGCUCCAGGGAGGGGCUGCUUAAAAUGGCAGCUGCUCAAGCUCUGCUGCUGCUGGCACCAACAAAGCCCAGCCCCCUUCCUCCUCUAGGCAGGGCGGGGAGAAGCCAGGAGGAGGGAGAGAGGAGGAGGCACCGCCACCGCCAUGUGAGGGAGCGGGAAAGAACACAUGCACUGGCGAUCCAUGCGGCGAUUCCUGGUCUGUCCGCGGGCCGGAUCCAGAAGGCAGUUGGUCCUGAUCCGGCCUGUGGGCCUUAGUUUGCCGACCCAUGGUGUAGAAAGUACUGAGCUAUGUGAACUAAUGGCUUGACUCUGUAUAGCUGUAUAGCAGCUGAUCAUCCUAUGUUCCCUAGUUGGAACCUGAACUAAAGCUGCCGUGUCCAGUUUUAUGCUGACUGUUUUGAAAAGAUUUACUUUUUUAUUCCUGCUAUUUGGUUUGAAGACUUUGCCACAGCUAGUUAUGAAUUUAUAGACAAAAUUUCUAAUGUUGUAAAUGGUAUACCUGGCACCAAAAAGUACUGUAGCGCUAAGGGGUGCAGAAUGUUGAAGGGACAAUCUUGUUUAUUUAAAUUUCAUUUAUUUGUUGCUUCCCAUAAAAUAAAUUGAAGCAAUUUCACAUUCUUCAGAAACUUUAGGAAAAUGUUUACGUUACUUCCACUCUAUACUACAGUUUUAAAACUUUCGUUCUGUAACCGUACACUGGCAUUAUGCAAUGGGUUCCGCCUUCCCAUUUUUGUGUUACAGGUAAGAAUAACUUGUAUGGCCACUUGUUCUUAAUGGAAAACUUAAUCCAUUCUGAAACAGGUGUACAGUUGUCUAAUCUCUUACAAAGCUGUAGUUCUUCAUCUUCCUAAAUCAGCCUUCCUGGCAAGUAAGCAUUAGUAUGUCAAAUUUGGAUCAGUUUAACAUUGUUGCUCAUGUAGAUCCAAAUAGCUGCACCCCAAUCCAGCUUUUUUGCAGCUUGAUUCCUGUGCUUUUCGGUGGCCCUCAUCUGACUAGUUUGUGUAUUCAGCAUCACUACUGAAUUUCCUCAGCUCAAACAUAGCUGGUUUGCUAGUGAUCUCCUGCUUAUCUAGUGUAUCAUUAAACCCAAAGUACAUGUUUACUGUGAUAAAUGUUUUGGGAUGCUCUUAUGGGAAGCAAUUGAUUAAUUAAAUGGAGGGACAUGGUUACUGCUUUUAUAACUUAGUGCUUAAAUAAUAAGGGGCUUUAUUCGUAAUAAAUAAAUUGAAAUAAUAUGCUAAGAUAUACCAGAUACUAGCAAUUCUGUAGAUCUUGUUAAAUAGCAGUAAUAUAAAGAUAAAUGGAAGCAGGACUUUCAAGACAGUAUUCCAGAAGUCUGGAAUUGUUUAUUUUUUAAGGGAGCCACCUUUUUGAUAGCUACAAGCUAUAGUGAAAAGUGGUAAGACAGCCUUCCAAUGUCAUUGGACACCUUGGAAGUCUUGGAAAAAGAGGUGAUGGUAGGCACAGACAUUGCAAUAAAGUGGAGAUUUUAAACAUCUGGUGGAAAUGUGAGAAAGCAAAUAUCCCUGUGUCUGUAGUUGCCAGUGUCUUGAAACAGAUCUAUAGAUAUGAUGUUAAAGCUGUUUGCAUAGUAGAAUUAGGUAACAAAAUGUUCUAGAUCAGUGGUUCCCAAUUGGUGGCCCACAGACACCAGGGGUCUGUGUAACCCACCCAGGGGGUCAUUGGGACUAUUCACAUAACAAAACUACCAUAGAGAUAUCAAAAUUUGCAAAAGUAGGUGGUCUGUGUGUUGGCUUUUGGGGGAAAAAAGGGUCCACAAUACUUUCAGACCCCUGAAAAACAGGGGUCCCAAUUAGCUAAUUGGGAAUCACUGAAGUUCUCACUAAAGCUUAUCUUCUCUUCCUUGAAUAGGAUGUUCCUUGAGUUGUUGAGGCCUCAGCGGACAGAUGGUAUCAACUGCUGCUGGGUUUUGGAACUCUUUAUAAAGAACGUUGUGGAGGUGCUGGGAGUAUAGUGAUGUAAAAAGGACCUUUCCUCAGCAUUCUUGUUGCUUUAUUGCCUUGCAAAGCCUACAGUGGCCAGAGGGGAACAGCCCUCUUGCAACCAUGUUACUGAGCACUGGGUCUGGAUUAAAGCAGAAUGUUAGCGUCCAAAGAAACCAGUAGGUAGCAUACGAUUUUGCAUGUUGCAGUAGUUUAGUUCACAUGGGACAAUGCAGUACUAGAAUACUGAUCUAAGCUUUGGUUACAAAUUCAAGGAAUGAGGAAGCAAAGCUGUGUACUGCUGUGUAGGAGUUUUGUUGGUUUAUAAUGAUAAGGUGUUUAACCUGUUAUGGAUGGGGCUGGACUCGCCUGAUAGGUCAGGUGCACAGCUCUAAGGUUCUCCUAGCUGCAUUGGAGCCCCAGUGGAGGCCUUACUGAUGUUGUGCAUCUUUUACAAGCCUAGAUUGGUGCAGAAGUUGUAGCCUUUCCUAAGCAGGGAUAGUUCAGGCAUGGUUUCUGGUAACCCCUCAUUUGGAUUGUUGAAGUGUGUUAUAUGUGGGGCUUGCUUUUGAAUAUUGAUCAGAAACUGAAGUUACCGUAGUAUAAAAUAAAGCAACUAGAUUGCUAACUAGGACCACAUAUUGUAGGGUAUCUCACCAGCAUUAAAUGAGCCUUGCUGAUAGCUGCACUGUUUCCAAAUCUAGUUCAGGGUGUUGGUGUUGAAUUUCAAACCAUUAGGGCUUAACAGGCAAGUACAUUAGGCCCACAACUUACAUGGGGGUAUUGCGUCUAAAGCCAAAAUCACUUAUAGUCAAAACUCAUUGGGUUCAAUGGCGGGUGGGAUUGCCAAAAUCAUUUUUCAUGGAGCCCUGCACCUUUUUCACCAUACAGUGGUACCUCAGGUUACAGACGCUUCAGGUUACAGACUCCGCUAACCCAGAAAUAGUACCUCGGGUUAAGAACUUUGCUUCAGGAUGAGAACAAAUAUCGUGCAGCGGCAGCGCAAUGGCAGCAGGAGGCCCCAUUAGCUAAAGUGGUGCUUCAGGUUAAGAACAGUUUCAGGUUAAGAAUGGACCUCUGGAAUGAAUUAAGUUCUUAACCUGAGGUACCACUGUAUUUAUAUAUUUCCUAGGUGCCUCCACUAUGAAGUUGAAUGCCACAAUUUCAGUUGUUGGCUGGUUUUAAUUUAAUUUAAAUUAUUUUUAAUCAUUUAAGUAUUUAUAACCUGCUCUUCACUGAAUAUUUUCAGUUCCAGAGCAGGGGACAAUAACAACAAUAUAGAAAUAUAUGGAUAAAAUAAUAUAGAAAAAAUACAGAAUCCAUAAAAACAAGUUCAGUAAAUAACAAAAUAGCAGCUCCAUCAUAAAGCAAACAAAGCUAAAGUCCAAUAAGGACAAAAAUUAAAAUUUUCUAUGUAAACAAAGAAUACAGGCAAGUCAGCAGACUGAAACAACCAAAUGAUCUUAGCAACAGUUUCCACCCCAUCUCUCAUCAGCACUGUGCUUUUCUGUUGUUUUAUAUGUGAUGGUUUAUUGGUAUUCUUUUCUAUAUAAUAAUAAAUCUCCCUGAAAUCAAUAGUUGUAGGUAUUGGUUUUCUCAGCUUAUAUUUAUAGCACUUAAAAACUAGGUGCUGCAUAAAAUAUAUAGACAGGCCCUGUUGAAUUGACAAUUUAAGUUAGACACAGCACCAGAAACAAAAUACUAAAGUUGAACAUUUGAUGAGAUAAUUGAUCUAAGGUGGUGGAUACUCCUUCAUUGGAGGUUUUUAAACAGAGCUUGGAUGGCCAUCUUUCAGGGAUUAUUUAGUUGCAAGUCCUGCACUGAAGAGGGUGGAACUAGAUGCCCCUAUGGGUCCCUUCAAACUCUGUUGUUGUUAAAUUUAUUUAUACCCUGCCUUUUUCCCUGAUGGACUCCAGGCGACUUACAAUUCUAUGAUCCUAUUAGCUUGCACAUUUACAGGCUAUUCAGGAAAGCCCUGACUUCUUUGUUUCCUUGGUGUUCAGAGUGCUGUGGCAGAUAGGUUCCUUUGAAAUGGCAGGCUGCAACCACCAACGGAAGUUGAAAAGUCGAUAUACCAUACAUAGUUGCUCCUUUAGCCAUAGGGCUCUUCCUGCUUAGUCAUUUUUGUUGACUUAUACCGAUUUGAUUCACUUGGAUUUGUAUAGAGGGCUCUCUCCCUGUAAACCAGUGAUGGUUUGCUCAUAACAGCUUUGAACUAAAGCCAUAUCCCAGCCACGGUUUCCUUUUUGGCUUAUAACCCUGGACUUGGUUGUGGAAGUUAUUGUAAAUCCCAGCUUGUGCUAUAAACUGGAUUGCUGAUCCAUGGCACAGUCAAAACUGUUUACUUGGUUUUUUAAAUUCUUGGCACUGCCAUCUUGGUGUACCAAAUGAAAGCACUCUUGGAGUAGAAUGAGUCAGAUUUCCAUUUCAGGCCAUAACCUUGUCACAAGAGGACAGCACAGAAGGCAAGGUCUUGAGAUUUACUUUACAGUGGCAUUUCAGUACAACAGACUUUGUGCUUGGUUCUAAACACUGCAUUAAAGAUAGAGUAACUUCAAAAGUCCGCAACUUUACUGUAGAAAAACCAAAGGAGCCAAGGGAUUAAAGCUGUUGCUAAAUACAAGAGUGCUGUCUCCCUCUGUGGGUCAUUCUUCACAUCAGUUGAAAAACAAAAAAAAAAAGAGCAUAACUAGGGAAAUGCUUUAUGCAAACUAACUUGUUUCUUCUGUUUGCUAACCUUAGUGGAGAUGCACAUAGUUCUUCCUCUGUGGUUUGGACCAUGUCCAUUGCAUCAGUUUUUGUUGUUGUCUUAGUCGUGUUCGACUCUGUGAUCCCAUGAUAGUUACUAAUUUUUUUCAACCUGAAACACGGUUGUGGCAUCCAGUUAAGUCCACGGCCUACUCUGCUUUUGCCCUUUACCACAACUGUGUCAAAUUAUGUCAUCCUGCAAACCUUGAAUCAAGUUUCCUGUACAAUCUGUUUAAAAGAUUUGCGAGAAAACAAUCAGCUGUUCCUACUAUGGGUAUAUUUUGUGUUCUUUACUGGGGGGCAACACUUUAAAAGUGUAUUGAAAUGAGACAAGUGAAUUUUAUUAGUGUAUGGAAAAAGUAAGGCUUGGAAGAGUGUUGCAACAUAAUUCAACUCUUGCUGUGCCUUCUGCAAAUCACCAGGGACAGACAGAAUGUUGAUCAGGAUGUAAGACAAACUGGGAAGUCCCCAGUUUGGAUUACUGUAUAUCAAGCCACAUUUUUUCCAGCUUCCCAUGCUGCAGUACUACUGACUUACCUUAUAGGGUGGCUCUUAAGGAUUCCAAUGUGAUACACAGGAUGUACUUUAAAGGCUCACAAGUGAUAUAUUCUAGGUAUAUUAAUGACAUCCACAGUCAUAUUUAUUUGACCUUUUAGAUAAUGUAAUGUGUGCAUUUCUGUUUGUUUCUAGUAUCUGUGGCUUGUGACCGUCUAGUACAGAACAGCCAAUGUAGUGACUACCAGAUAUUGUUGAACUAAAAUUUUGAUUAUCUCUUCCCAUUGGCUAUGAUGGGAGUUGUAGUCCCAUCAACAUCUGGAAGAUGGCUGCUUCUGCCCUGUAGUCUUUAUUUUAUUUUAUUAUUUUAUUUUUUUGCUCCUGUCCAAGUAUAUUUAGAUCCUUAGCAUGCCCAUACUUUCAGUUAAAAUUUCUUCCAAGCAUUUGGAAUGUAAGAUUGGGAAGUUAUAUUGCAACAGAGUCGAGGUUUGAAUUUAUCAGAAGACUAUGCUUACACUAACAAAACCUUAGGAAUAUUUCUGUAAAAGUUUGAAGACACUGUAGGUGCCAGUUAUGGGAAAUAAUUAUUGCUGACUUCAAUUCAUUGGUGAUUUCUUGGUAACAACCACAAAUCCACAGCUAUGCCUCAGACUACCUGAAUGAAGUUUGGGAACCCCUGAUCUAGGGUAUGCACUUCAGUUGAACAGGCUUCUUAAAAUUGCCUGCACUUCAAAGAAGCUGUGUAAAAUAAAGUAAAUUCUAUACCAGAGCUUUCCAAGCUGUGUGUCACAGUGUGUCGGCUGCAGUGUAUAGGUGUGUUGCGCGAACGCUCCCCAUGCUCCUCCUGGGGCUGGAAAGGGGUUAGUUUAACCUCUGGUUUGCUAGUAAAGCUGAAUUACUGUGUCGCUAAAUGAUGCAAAUCAAAAGUGUGACUAAAAAGUGUGUCACCAACAUGAAAAGUUUGGAAAACUUUGUUCUAUACCCAUUACUUGUGGGUGAAUGGUAACUGGUUGUCUAGGCCUCACAAAGAGUUUAAUAGCUUCUUGUUAAGAAAUACAUGUCCACCUUUUGACUUUCAAAAGUCCUCAAGGGGGUUGACAGAGAAAUGAAUUAAAAACCCAUAAAAACAGCAUUAAAAAUCAUAAAAUGAAGUGGCAAGCUGUUAAUAAAAGCAGCAAACUACCAUAAUAAAACAACAAGUACAUGAUAAAAUGAAGGGAUGCUAAAUGCAAGGGAAUAGGAUCCACUUUGACCCUCUUGUUUGUUACCUUGGCAGGUACUUGGUGAAAUAUUGAGGAAUUAAUUUGACAGUUUAGGCACUACCACAAAAAAGGCUUGCUCUCACUAGCUGGGGACAUACGGAGAAGGGCCUUUGAAGCUGACCUUGGUUGCCUGACGGGUUCACGUGGUAACUAGUGCUCUUUUGCAGGUCACAAGCAAUUUAGGCUGCUCUCAGUCAGCACCUGGAAAGCAACUGGGAUCUGGAUUUAUUCUUCACACAAAUGAUUUAAUGGAUAGCCUAUAACCUUGAUUUAUUUGUAUCUUAAUAAAGCAAUAAUUUUCUUUAGUGUGUAAACACAUUUUUAGACCAACUUACAGCCUAAGUAAAUAAUGACAAACUGAAGUUGAUGGUCAGGUUUGGUAUGAGUAUUCUGCAUUAUAAAAGACAUCAUUUUUUUGCCCAAGGGAAGGAACUAGAGAUGUGAAGGCCCAGAAUAAGCAGAAGGGGUAAUUUUUCCCUUGCCCCUAGCCUUUAUGUAUCAUGGGGCAACUAGCUUGUACAGGUGAUCAUAGCAGGCUUAUUGGCUAAAUAACAAGGUAAAAUACUUUAAACUAUGUUCUAUUGGAAUUUAUAGUUGGUUGUAGCAUACGUAAUUAGAUAGCCAUUCUUUCAGGGAAGAAGAAUCUAGCCACAAGUCAGUUUGGAGGCUCACAGGGGAGUAGGACCAUAUGGCUAGGAAUGAGCAACUUGGUUUCUCUGAAAUGGCUUUAUGUGUUGGGCAUUUGGUAUAUCAUUGAAUAUGAGCUUUGUGUUUACGAGAUAAUGAGCAAACUAGGGACCCUGAGAAUGUGGCAUAGAACAAUUGAGUUCUAACUUAAAGAGCACUUGGAUAAGCUCUGAAAGUUAUUUGUUUGCUUGUUACAAAUGAAGCACAAGACAUAUGUAAAUGUUACCUCUUCUAUAACAGUAUAUAUAUAUUUUCUUUUUUGAACAGAGCUCAACAAAAACCCAGUGGAAGGAUUUUCAGCAGGUUUAAUAGAUGACAAUGAUCUAUAUCGAUGGGAAGUUCUUAUUAUUGGUCCACCAGAUACACUGUAGUAAGUAUCCCUAGCUGUUUAACUAAAAUACCUGCUUGCUUAAGCAUCUAAUAUUUUGAUAACUAGCUUCUUCUGCCCUCUCAAGACUGAUUUGAUAUGGAGCGGGGAAUUAAAUAGUGGUAUAAAAUGUAUGUAUUUGAAGUCUGAAUUAUCCUGGGUUACAGUAAUUCUAUCCUAAAUCUAAUGGGGAUAACUUGUAAUAUUGUGUUUGUAAGAAGUAAAACUAGCUACUUGUUUCAGUCUCCAUGUAGAUAAUAUUCUGUCUCCCUGCAGGGCACAAGGACAGACUUGCACUAUGAAUAACUGACUGAAAGCAAAACUAUAGCAAGACCUAGAUACAAGCUUCCCCUUAAGACUUUGGAGGGAGUGAAGGAUAAAUGAUUUGAACAGGGCAAGCUUUUCUCUUUUUUUGGUUCAUGAAGUUUGAGACCUAAAUAAAUUAUCUUCCUUUAUCACUUGAACUAAAGUGUACACAUAUAAAACAGACAUUUUCCCAAAACGAAACACUUGAGUAUCCAGCUAGCACCAAUAAGCAAAGCUCAGGACCAGAGAAAAGGUCUUGACAACCACAAUAGCAUGGCAGCUGGCUAACAUAAUAUUAUUCUAAUUUUGGGUCUCGUAUAGAAGACAAUUGCCAUUACCAUAUUCCUCAGGUGGAGGUACCUAAGGCAUCAUAAGGCAGAUUGAGGUGGCAAUCUUAAACAUACUUAUUAUGAAAUAAGCUGUUUUGAGCACAGUGGGAUUUACUUCUGAGUAAACAUGCCUAGGAUUGCACUGUCAGUUUGCAAGUAAAAACGACAUGCACCAUGAUGUAUGAGGCUUGGGGACUUCCAUUGCAAGAUGAUGGUCUCUGCUCAUUGUUUGAGAGUAUCUACUUGUGCUACACUGGAGUCAAGAGUUGUUUGACAGGGCAAGUGGGUUGUGCUCCUCCUGCUGUUUGGAGGCAGGAAACACUGAAGCUUGCAUCAUUUAUACUCAACUCUAUGUGUAAACUGCUGGGAGACAUCCCUAGGACCUUAAGGCAUAUAAUGCAGCAACCUUUCUAGAGCUAAGCAGGUAUUGGGACUGGCCAGUGCUUGAUGGGAGACUGUUUGGUGGGCAUCACACUGACUACCCUUGCCAUUCACUUGAGUUCAUGGAAGAAAAGUGGUACAUCAUAAAUACACAUUUUUCCAUGCAGAGUAGGUGGUGGUGGAACCAGCAAAAUAGAGCCCCUCCUGAGGAUCUUGGGGACCAUAUUGUACGCUCUGAUCUGAAUAAUUUGGUUUGCUUAGGGUGGUCUUUGUUCCGUCUUUGGCUACAAAAACAGGGCCUUAAAGCUUUAAAUGUAACUUCUCAAGGAAAAAUUCUGAGGAAUUAUGUGCUUAUGACCAUUUGUGAAAUAGAAGGUGGCAGAUGAAUCACUUUCUGCUUGUUGGCAUAUUAAUUGGAAUAAAUACUGGGUAUACAAAUGGCAAGGCCUGGAAAAAUAUCUGGUGUCUGGUAGCAUGGGCACCUAGAAAGAAGUGUGAUACUGUUGCCUAGGAAAUUAAAAUAUUUCUCUAGUCGUGCUCCUGAUGUAAAAGAGAGCCAGAAAAACAAGGCUACUUUCUUGAACAGGUGCUAGCUGCAAAUGGCAUUGAUUAUGUGAAGCUGCAUGUCUUGCCACUAUUCCUAUUUAAUAUGUUCAAGUUCAGGCAUCUGUCCUAGUGUUAACACCUGCCUCAUACAAAAUGCCAUUUUAGGCACAAAGCCAACAAGCUGGCUUAUUCAUUAAAUAGAUAUGAUGGUGAAACGUGUAUGUGGAUCUGCAACACUUACUUUGGAACAAAUGUUUGCCGGUCCUGUACCCACAGAAACCUGAAAGCAUUUUUUUAUUCCCCUUUAGUGAAAGUUUCAAUCUGCAUAUGGUCUUAAGGUGUUCAGAUGUCUUCUGUUCUAGUGGGUGUUCAAAUCCAUACCUACAAUAUGGUUCCAGUGUAACUAAAUACAGUGGUGCCCCGCAAGACGAAUGCCUCGCAAGACGGAAAACCCGCUAGACGAAAGGGUUUUCCGUUUUUGAGUUGCUUCGCAGGACGAAUUUCCCUAUGGGCUUGCUUCGCAAGACGAAAAUGUCUUGCGAGUCUUGAGAUUUUUUUUUCGCUUUCCCCCCCUUUAUCUAAGCCGCUAAGCCUUUAAUAGCCUUUUAGCAGCUAAUCCGCUAAGCCGAUAAGCCUUUAAUAGCCGCUAAACCGCUAAUAGCGCUAAUCCGUUAAGCCGCUAAUAGGGUUGCUUCGCAAGACGAAAAAACCGCUAGACGAAGACACUCGCGGAACGGAUUAAUUUCGUCUUGCAAGGCACCACUGUAUACAUGUCCCCUUCUCUUUCUGCUUUUCCUCUUCUACCUUAGGGAUAUCUAUCAGAAUUUAUUGUGCUUUAGCUAAACUACAAUUCCAAAGAUUGGGACAGGUGGGAGGCAGGGGAUAGAGUUGUACUGUAGACGUGCUCCUCCCUUCUUUCUACCCCAUCCCAAUCUUUUUAUUAUUGUUGUUGUGCUUUGUUAAUGCCAACAUACCCCUAACAACAAAAGAGCAAAGCAAAGUAGAACAAAUAGCUGAGGGUUGUGAAUAAUCAUUUUUAAAAAUUGCCUUUUCAGUUGAUAGGGAUCAUAUAAAGAAAAUAUUGUUACAUUCAGGUAGACUUAAGAGUUCAUUAUAGACUUGCCAUAUAGCAGUGUUAGCAUAUAAUUUCUGUAAUCUAUUAUAUGUAGCUAGUUCAUGUACGGCAAGUAAAGAUAGGUCUUACUUCUAUUGGUGCAUUGGUGGACUGUGUCUAGUUUUCCUCUGUCAGUGUUUCUUUAAAGCAAACAUGGCACGGUACCACCCAGACCAUUAUCUACUUGUGGUUACCAACACAUUAAUUGGACUAGUGGUUUGAGUACCACCUCAUCAGUACAGUGAAGGGGGAAUGCAGAAAAGGCAGAUAAACUUAAGGCCUAAGCUUAAGCAUGUGUACUUGUAAACGAAUCCCAUUUAACAAUCAGUGAGACUUACUUCAAUUGGCUUUGCCACACAUAACACUUAAGUCUGAUUUUUAAACUAGCAAACCCUAGGCUAAAUGCAUUAUGGUUCUCCAGUACUUGCUAUUGAAAUUGUAGACUUGACCCAUUGAGCCAUUCACUAAAGAGGAAGAAGUUUAAGGAAUUGAUUAAAUAAGUUUUUCUCAAAUAGUGGGUUGGGCCCCAACAUUGGCCUUGGGCUACUUUCAGGUGGGCCACAGUCUGCACAGUGCCUCCUUGCUUGCCUACCUUGCUUCAUAGCCAUGUCAUAGCCUUUUGGUUCGAUCUGUGCUGGCACCAGUGUUUCAUUGGAUGCUGAGUAAAAGUGGCUGGACUACAGAGAAGUGGGUGUAGGAAGGUAUCCCUCUUCUGAGUGAAAAGGGCCAGAUGAGGUGCUCAAAGAAAUUAGAAAGUGAGUUAAAGGGGUAUUUUUUUGUUAAAAAUAAAUAAAUAAAUAAAUAAAUAAAUAAAUAAAUCUGAGAAUAGAAAAGAAAGUUGUUGUAGAAGGACGUAGUGAAUGUGAAAUGACCAUGGAGGAGAGGUGUAAGAAACCUGAAGUAGGGUUUUGGGGGGCAGGAGGUAGAAUAAAGUACAGGUUGAAUGUGAUAGACUGGAAGAAGUAGUUACAGGACGUGGGUAAAAAAAAUAGUUUUGAAGUUCUGCUGAAGUUUUAUUCUGGAGGAUGCACGGUGUGUAGAUUGCUAACAAAAAAAGAAUUUUUAUCUGGGCGGAGUAAUUAUUUGUUCUGUGUUACUUGACGUAUUGCAUUCAUAAGAUUUUGCAAUAACCUUUACUGUCUCAAAAAUGGCAAAUAUCUGUACUGCUGAAGACAUUUUUAUUAUUCUGUACCUAGAUAUUAUUCUUGAAAAUAAAAUUAUACAAAAAUUACUUUUGAGUGGCAAGUGCAUAGAGGUUGGGGAAAAGAUGAAAGAGAGUUCACUUAAUACUGUGGUUCAGCAGAUUCUCCCUGAAAUGAGAAGAGUGAGUCACAGUACCUCCAGAGCAAAUGCCCAUUCUUGGUUUGAGGAAAGGGUGAGCUUUAGGACUCCUUGCCCCAAGGAAAACACUGUGGCAAAGAACUGAGAAAUUUCCAGAGUUUGAUUAGAUAUUGGUAAUUGCCAACUGAUAGUGCCAAAUUCUGCCUUCCAUCUGCAACCAUUUUAUGACAGGCACUGAUGCACCACCACCAUUUUCUGACUGGUGAGCCUCAGAAUUUUUCAGUUGUCUCAAGUAAACUCUGGGUGUAGAAAGUUUGAGAACCCCUGGAAUAAAUAAUAAUCCUGAGAUAUAUUCUGGGAAAUUGAUGCUGAAGCCCCAGAAUAGGCAUUGCUUGGGGAAAUACACAUCUUGCUCUGCCAUUUAAUAAAUAACCAUUCCUAGUAAUGCUCCAAAGUGUUGUACUAGUAUCUGAUGACUGCUUAAAUUCAAAGCAAUGGUGAACUUAAAUCACUUGAAACUUCUAAAUGCAGUGACUGAAAAUUCUCCCUUUUUUUUUCCAGUGAAGGCGGCGUCUUCAAAGCUCACCUUACUUUCCCAAAGGACUAUCCACUCAGGCCGCCAAAAAUGAAGUUUAUCACAGAAAUAUGGCAUCCAAAUGGUAAGACGCUAAUGUCAUGUGUAAAGUGUGGUGUUCUGUCUUGCAUCUGGAAUGAAUAUGAACUAAGUUGAGAGCCCCAAUUUUGGAUAAUGGGAAAGUAUUAGGAAGGAAUGUAAAUAUUUGGGUUCAGGAAAAAAUACUUUUGCUGGUUUCUGUGUCUUUCCUUUAACUGUAGGUAUGAUAUAUUGGCCACAGGUGAUAUACAACAUAAACUACCGCUCAAGAUUGUUGUGAAAAUACAUGCAUACCACCUUUAUCUCCUUGGAGGAAAUGUGGGAUAUAAAUGCAGCAAUAAAAUUAUUAAAAUAUUGGUUAGGUAACAUCCAUGUGACAGUUGGGUGAUUAGGCUCUCAGUACACUGCUUGCAUACAGUCUAAUAUAGAAAAUUAGGUAGUAUUUUAAAUUUGAAGUGUGGAAACUGGAAUUUUAAGCCUCAUCUGACUCUGGAUAACUUAGUUUCCUUGGAUUAUUUAGUUAUCAUUUAUUAAAAUAAUUCAUAUUUUAUGCCUUUCAUUUUGAAAAGAAAUUCCAAAGUGAUCCACAAACAAAACAACUAAAUAUCACAACAAAACAACUAAAUAAAACCAAGUUAAAAUGUCAGCCACAGAAGCCAGGAGUGCCAGGAGCCAGUAUUUAUGCUCAGAGAAAUGCCUUGAGUACAUUUUCAAUUUUCAGUGGAAACUUUGAGAUCAUCCCACAAGAUAGAUGCCACAAUGGAGAAAGCUGUUUUCCUCUCCACUGUAAGAUGUACAUCUGCACACUGUGAAACAAUGAAUAGGGCCUCCUUCGCUGGGACCUGUUUUCGUAUUAGCCUCUGUUCCCCAUUUUUAAAAUGGAAAUAAUUGUGUAUUGGAUUACACAGCAGUUGCUAUAGUCAACUAACGGCAUACUUCUACUGGUGUAUUUGAAGAUAAAGAUAAUUAGCAGUGGUGAAUUGCAGUUUCCAGUUUAGCUGGUGGAUCCAUAUAUUGUGAAUGUAAGCAGAGCCCUACUGGAUUGGACCAAAGGUCCAUCUGUUUCAACUUGCCCUUCCCAAGAGCCAGACACAUGCUUCCACAAACAGGGCAUGAACAUCACUGAUAAUCAUUGAUAGGUUUAUCCUCCCCUAUCUAACAUUCAUCACCACAUCUUUGGGCAGCAAAUUCCAUAUAUUAACUAGUUGUGAAUCCUAUUGUCAGUCGACUGAAUCUUGCUCACUAUUAACACUUGUAUUCCAUGUUUCUGACAAAUAUUCCUAUUAAUGUUAUCCUUAAUAGUUGGGUGGAAUUGAUAGCCGUAGCAGAGGACAAAACUCUCCAGCAGCUCACUACUUUGCUUUUCACUGUUAUCUGAAGACAGGACUUCUGUUACGAUGUUAAGGCUCUGAAAUUCUAUUUUUUUUCUUCUUGGUAGUUGAUAAAAAUGGUGAUGUCUGUAUUUCCAUCCUUCAUGAACCUGGUGAAGACAAAUAUGGCUAUGAGAAACCUGAAGAACGCUGGCUUCCCAUCCAUACUGUGGAAACCAUAAUGAUUAGUGUAAUUUCUAUGCUGGCAGAUCCCAACGGUGACUCUCCUGCUAACGUUGAUGCAGCGGUAUGACUUGCAGCUUGUAAAUAAAUCUCUUCCCAGCAUUACUGUUGAAAUACCGUGGAAUGGUUUCACAGCACGCAGCUUUAUCCCCUUAAGAUGACUUUUUAGUAAUAAAAGGGAUAGGAGUUGAACAAAAGUAAUGUGGUCAUGGUAUAAUUUCAAGUGUAAUAAGAGUUUCUCCCUAUUUUGCUGUCCAUAUUCAGAGGUGACCAUCAUCUCUGGAUUUUUUUUUUUUAAUAAGAAAAAAAAAUUACAAAUAUGGCUGCUUAACUGUGUGAACAAGCUUCCCCUCAAUGACAGGCAUGUAUGUAGUAAAUACACUUACAGUGGUACCUCGUGUUGCGUAACCUCCAGGUUAUGGAAUCUUCGGGUUACGGUCACGGCAAACCCGGAAGUAGGUUUGCCGCAUGCGCAGAAGCACUCUGCGCGCUUUGCGCAGAAGCACUCUGCUGCGCCAUGCGUGUGCGCAGUAGCAGUCAUCUGGUUGUGAAAUUUUCGGGAUAUGGCCGGGCCUCUGGAAUGGAUCCCGUUCGUAACUGGAGGUACCACUGUAUUACAUUAUAGUUGUCCAGUUGGUUAUUUAUAUGUACCUGCCCUUUCCUGCUCAUCUUGUGUGCUUAGGUUGAGAAGAGUUCCUACUUGAUUGAUACACCACUGCAUGUAGUGGAGUAUCACUUCUGUUUAGGUUCUUUGUCUCAGAAAGAGCUGCAUACCUUUAAACCUCUGACUGAACUUAUACAAGCAUGGAAUAUGGUUUCUAAUUGUCCAUGAGUUUGGAGUUUUUCCUGGUACUGCCAAAUUGGACUUGAAAAUGUAGAAGGAAGUGUUUCAGGAACUGUGGUUUCAAUAUUCUCUUUGAUCCUGGUAUGUCUUGCUAAGUGGAAAGAGCAAGAUGAUUGAUUACGCAGAUCUGAUUAACUUACUCAAGAUGCAGGAUUUGGCACAGAAUGUUGAUUCUUCUAGCUUAGAAUACAUAUAACCCUGAUUCAGGCUUCAGAAUGAAUGGCUUGUAUACUGUCAAUCAAAGAUCAAUGGAAAAGUUCUCCUUUUAAAAAAAACAAAACUGAAUCCCAGAUAGCACUUGCUAUGACACCACCCAUCAAGCUACCAAUUAAAACUCUUGUUUUAAUGAUGGAAGUUUCGUAUUUAAACAACAAAUGUUGGUUACUUUUAUUGCCAAGUAUUUUAAAGCACUCUUCAUGGGUUUUAGAGAAGCUGAAAAAAUAAUGAAGUUACUUGUGGUGGCUUGAAGAAUCAUUUGAAAUUUGGCUUUUAAUUUACAGAAAGAAUGGAGGGAAGAUAGAAAUGGAGAAUUCAAAAGGAAAGUUGCCCGCUGUGUAAGAAAAAGCCAAGAGACUGCUUUUGAGUGACACUUAAUUCAGCAGCUAGUAGCUUCACUUUUUUUCAGGGUAAGUAGGUUUUUUUUAAAAAAAAAGGUUAUGGAAAAUUCCAUUUUGCAUUGGAAAAUCCAGAAAGUGUUUGUUACAUGUUGAAUGCUCAAGGCAGUGAGGUAAGUAUUCACGUUCUACAAGUGUGUAUUUCCUCUCUCUCUCUCGCUUCUGCAUUUAUUCAGCAGAUAAGAUUUUGUUUUCCUUUAUUGCUAGGAGAUAGUUCUUUAAUGUUCAGGCCAGAUUAUUUUAUUAUAUUUAUAUAUUUUAGUAUUUUCAUAUUUUACACACACACACAAACACACCACAGUUCUCCCACUCCAGUCACAAAAGGCUCCUGAAACUGAAAUUAGAGCACCAUUUCUUCUUUAAACAAAAUUUAUAUACUGACUGAUGGAGGGAGAACCCUCUAAGUAGUUUACAACAUUAUAAAACAUUAAAGCAAUUAAAAAGAGGUAUGAAAAAUAAUCAAAAGGUGAUAAAAACCAGUUGUGGCUGAAAAGAAAACACAUGUAACUUCUACACGUCGGAAUAGCCUUGGCUAAACAAACAUGUUUUAAACAUUGCAUACAGCACUGGAGUUUUGGUACACAUGAUAGAACACUGUCCAUAGCCCCAGUCCCUGAAAAAUCCAAGCAAGAGCCCAAGUGGUAUAGUUCGCUGUGCGAACCCAGUUUAAAUCCCUGCUCAGAAGCAGAAGCUACUAGGGUAACAUGCUUCCUGUGCUGUGGAAAUAAGGGGCGGUGUGGGAGAGGGCCAUGUAUUGUCACACUUCCCUUCCUUGGAGGGAAGAGUGGGGUUAAAAAAAAUUGCAGCUCCACAAGCUCUGGCUGAGUGUACAAGGAGCAGAACCAGACGACGCUAUGGCUUAGGUAUUGGGUCCCAAACCUGGGGCCUGAACCUGUUUCAGAAGUCGUUUAAAAGACACAUAAAUGUCAAAGACUAGCUCGCGUACUUGGAGAUACUUACGGAACCUGAGAAUAGUGCAGCCUUCUAGCUUUUUGUUUCCUCAAAGACAAAGUACUGGUGUCAGGGGCUCGGUGAACAGGUGGGGAACACUAAGCAGGACUGGACACUGCUGAUAUCUCCAUGCAACACCUGGUUAUAAGUAAAGUUAUAACUCUUAUCCCACCCCUGCCCUCAGCAAAAGAAGUAGUAGUCGUGUCUGGAAAAUGUAAUCUUUUCAGCAGAAGCCUAUUUGCCUAAUAUAACUCCAGUAGUACACUCCAAAGCUAAACCAUCCUGCAUGAAUGGAACAUGUUUUGUUUAAUAAUUUGUGCCAGAGUUGGUAAAACAUUAGUCUCUGUUGCUUGUAUGUGUCUCUGUAGCACUUGUGGUUACUGCUGAUGGUAAUCCUGCAACUGAUGAUUUCCAAAGAAUCUUGGUGUUGCCAGCUGAAAACUAAACAUGCAGCUUUUGAUGUAUGUAUAUGAGAACUAGCUGUUUUUGGUAACUAGGCUUCUGCUUGUCUGUGUUGGCAGAUAUGCCCCUCACCCCAGUGGUUGAACUUUGCACUUGGCUUCAUUAAAUGCUGAGUUAGUCCCCUUUCAAGAUUCCCUCAAACACUCCAUUGGGUAUCGGGUGGUCAUGGGGUUACACCCUUAACAGGACACUCGUAUCUCUAAUUUUGGGUUUGGGAGUUGCUUCUCAGUUGUUCAAUCAGUGAGAAACUUAUUGGGCAGUAAGCCUUCCAAAUGCAGGGAUAUCUUAGCUGAGUUGUGUGGCCUGUACAAAAAAGCAGUCCCACCCAUUGCACAUUGUAGAGGACUACUGCAUGUGCCAUAUAAAUGCUUGUGUCUUUUGCCUGUAAUGAAUGUUUUACUGCAGGCAGAUUUCCUCUCUGCAGCUGGCAUGUUAUUGCCACUGACGGUUUGAGUUGCCAAACUACCAUUUUGGCACAGUAUAUUGUACUGCUACUCCCACUUACUAUUGAUGCUUUUGGGAUGCUUAAUUUUAGUAGCUGCUGAGGGAAAAAGAAACCAUACUAGUAUUGUAGCUGAGUUGGUUUGACAACUAAGGUUAUAGUGUUCUUGGUCUCAGCAAGUGAGCCCUGAAGCCCUGAUACUUCAGUUCCCAUUGCUCUUGCUGUAAAUAAGUAAGAUGCCUUUAAUUGGGCAACAACCUGCUCAAAGUAUACAAAUUUGUAAGUUUCACAGAAAUACUUAAUGAGAAUAAUGGGAAGUAGCACCUAAAGGACACUGAUGUAAAGAACAGACUCUCCUACACACUCACUUGGUAGAUGGAGCAGUCUUUUUGAGUGAGGUGUUCCUGUCAGAAGUGGCUAAAAACAUGCGUGGCUGAAUACAACUUUGCUGAAAACACAGGUUUUUCAGUGAUGUGUGUAGGUCUUUUGUAACUUGAACAUUCUGAUGUAUUUCACUAAGGCAAUGCUGCCAACUUGAUGUGCCCCUCAACAUAUUUGUUUUUUAAAUGGGGCUUGCAGAAGAUCAAACCAUAGUUUUUAGUUUAGGAAAUGGCAGUUAAAGUUCAUUUGAAUCUCUGUAAAAUACUUAAGUACAGAAGAUGCUCAAUGUGUUAGUAUUCUAGUUGUGUGCUCCCUGUAGGACUGGCCUCCGGAAAGCAACCCUGGAGCAAACCUAACUGGGGCUCUGAACAGCAGUUCAAAUGCUGGUACUGAGAGUUCUCAUAUCAGCCUAUCUUGGAAGCACUCGCUACAGAGAACUUUCUUUUUCGGUCUGCUGCAGCCUGUCAUUUGAUGAUGCUAUAAAGACUAGAUCAAGUUUGGCUGAUGGUUCUUUGUUCUUGCCUUUGUAGGUCUCCAAUUGAGGAACAUGGCACUGUUUUUCCUGCACUCUAUCCACCUAAUGCUGGACUUCUGUUUAUACCAAGUUGGCAGACACUGGCUGGAACUGGGCUGCAAUAAAACAUGCCAGUUAUUAAUGCUGACAAAGAGCCUAACAAGUGCCAACAAGGAUUUGCGCAUUUUGAAAACUAAUGGAACUGCUUUAACCUUCAGGAAGAAUUGUAAAGAUGUGUACAUAGCACAACAUGAUCCGGAUAAUAUAUACUGUUCAUGUACAUCCACAAAUACACAUUGUACCAAAUAAUGCUGUCUUGUAGUUAGAAUAAGAAUCGUGUAAAUUCUAAAGAUUUUUAGCAGGUUUUCCAUUUUUCUCUUCUCCCCGCCCCCCCGGUUUUCCCUAUGAGUCUUUAAAAUUUCUCGUGAAGCAUGUCAGUCUAAAACAAAUUAGGAUUUAAAAAUUCUGUUUUAACUUUUUCUUUUCAGCCAUUGAAGAUUCAUUAAAAUCUCUCACUUUAAUAAAGUUUAAUACCUUUGUAAUGCUGUCCCUUCCCCCUUACCUUUUUUCAGAUUACAUAAAUACAACACAAAUCUAUUACUUGAUUCUAAUGAUGACUUGAGCACUGUCAUCAGGAGGUGCAGUUCCUUCCCUUGCAUUAUGACCCAGCUGUGCUCAUCUCUUGGCUUGGAUGUAGCAAUAAGAUUUUACAGCUGUGGAGCACCCUUGAGCCUGUUAUCUUUCCCAAAAGGGUUCUGAGCAUUUGUUUUGGAAGUGGUCAGCUAAGUAUGUUAGCCCAAUAUAGGAUGAACUGCUUUCUUUUGAUUUCUUGCCUGGUUUGAAGUUGGAUAAAUAAAAGCAUGCAGAGCUGUAGGCUUUCAAGUGAGUUCUGGUUUUGCUAUCAAAUGCUAUUUCCCUUUCCCUCUUCUUCCUCUUUCCCCCCUCUUUAUAUUUCUUUGCCUUUUGAUCUCCUGCAGGUUUUCCUCACUUAAUGUAUAAAGACAAAUUGCGAUGUAUAUUUUCAUGUAACUUGAUUUUGGAAUUCUGUCACCUUCUGUAGUGAGUUCUUCCAAAAUAUAAAUUUUUCCAAUAGCUUGGUGUCAAGUUGGCUGUUAUGCAGUAUAAAAAAUGAGAGCGCAUUUUCAGAGAGCAUUAAGCAUGAUGGUGCUGGUAGCCGAUGGACAACAACUGCUUGAGACUUCAUCAAAAGGUGACUCGUAUUCUUGGAAACUGACUUCUAAGGAGUUCAGUGAACCUCCAUGGAAAGUGACUGUAACCUGAUAAUGCAGAAGAUAGAAAAAAUGCAUUGAAUUUUGCUUUGUUGAAAUACUGAGUGGUUGUUCCUUUGGAAAUUAACUGUUCACAUAAGCCAAAGUUGGACAAGUAUAAUAUUCAACUGUAGACUCAGGGUGUUUCCAGACUGGGGAUUAAUUUGCAAACAGGUCAUAGACAACCAUGGUUAUUUUAUUUAACAGGUUUUUCCUGGGGAGAGUAAAUGGGGGAAGGAAAUGUGGGCUGGUAUUUUGAUGCUAACUUUGUGUGGACACUAUAUAUAUAAAAAAAGCAUGCCUGAGGAGCACUGAUUCUGCAGUCAACACCCAUCCAGCAGCACCCUUUGAUAGGGAGGAAGAAUAAAUAAAAUGACCAUACUGAUAGGGAGGGGGGUGGCACCAUUGCAGAGGCCCUUCUUAAUGGCAAAACCCCUUGCAACAAUGGCUUUAUGUUCUGGGCCAGUGUAAUCUCUCCUCAUUUGAGGCAUUUAAUCUUGCAAUGUUGUAUUCACUGUAGGAUUUACUUGUAGGCUUCUUUGGUCUUUUCGUUCUGCAGCAAUUUGUUUCUGCUGUUUACAGCAGUGCUUCAAAGGAGUGGCUGGAGGCAAAUUGCUUGCUUUAAGUCUGAAUCCACAAAGGAAUAGUAGCAGCCUCCCUAUGGUAUAAUGUGGGGGCAGGUGGCACUUAGGCUGAGUUACAUGACACGAACGAAAAAGUACACACAGGUCCCUAGUAGUGCUGCAUUUGCCCCUGCAGUUCUUGACAAAACAUACUAACUGCCCUCAUUUUACAGUGACAGUACAGCCUCUAAUGCCAUGUAAAUAUCCUUCUGGUAGAAGGAAACAUUUGUUAACAUAGCAGAGGGACUGAGUUGAAUGGGUCUUCUGUGGCUUUUUUGUUGAACGCAGUUAAUUGCAUUGGGUUUGAAUGGAUGGAUCUAUGUGCUUGUAAAGCAACCUUUAAGCAGAAGCACUUUUAUAAGCAGUGGGCCAGACCUGCCUGCUUUCAGGGCUACCAUUUCAAACAAAAGGAAUUAUGGGGAAGGGGGGGGGACAUAUGGUAGGUUUCAGAGAGGAAAAUAGUGUACCAGUUAUGAAUGCCAGGGGAAUCACCAUUGGUACCUGCCAAUUAGAAGAAACAACAAUUAAAUCCUGAAAUAGAGGUAGGGAGUUCUUGCCUCUGGAUUUUCUUUAAAAGCAGCAAUAUUUUGUCCCAUUUGUCUGGGUACAUGCAGCAGCAUAAAGUUACUCUAAGCUGCCAUGAAUUAGAAAUGGUACUUAAUUAAGUGCUCUCUUUUUAGCCAGACAGAUGUAUUUGCUGCUUCUGAGCUGUUUAGUACCCAGACACAAUAGCUGGAUUUAGACAAUUGCUCAAACGAGAACCAAAAUUGUUUGGCUCCUGCUGAGGUGGGGGGAGGAGAGUCCUUGCCAGCCAGCUGGCUAGCAUUUGUGCUCUUCUGCUUGCGUAAGACAUGGGGGGGGGGGCGGCUGUCUUACAUUUUGGCCAUCUAUUCCAUAAUUAAAAUAUGAAGGGAAAUAUCCCAGUGUUUCUAGGGCAGCUAUUGUGAUCCAAAAGGCAGCCAGCUGGAUGUGGAAUAAUAAGGUCUCCCAACAAAGCAUUCACUUAUUUGUCCCUUGAACACAAACUGCACUGCUGUGAUGGCAGUUUGAGAGGGAGGAGAAUUUCUCUUGUCACCUUGGGUGAAGCAGGGCUGAGCAGAGAACCCAGCUGGAUUGUGGGAAAGCUUUGACUUUUCCAUUGGAAGUGGGCAGGGGAGGGGGCCUAGGAGAGAGCAGGAAUCUAACUCUUUUGUCAGUUCUAAAGGAUCCAGAAUGGUUUGGGAGGGGGUUGCUGGGGGAUAUUUCCCACUUCAGACAAAUUAAACCACAUCUUUUUGAAGAAGCUGUCAAAACUUUUAAGGCUAAAAUCUAAUUGAUCAUUGUGUUAUAUGAAGUUACAACAUUGUUUUGUGCUUGCUUUUUAUAACAAGUUGUGUCCUGGCUACUGCUGGCAUUAGACUUACUCUUUGGUUC